CGACAAGCAUUUGGUUCAUGCGCAAAGAAAAUAGAGCUCUCCUCUAGCUAGGAGACCAAGUAAAAUAUAUAUCACAGGCACCUAGUUAGAGAUAUAUAUAUAUAUAUAUAUAUAUAUAUAGAGAGAGAGAGAGAGAGAGAGAGUGAUUAAAUGGGUAGAAGUCCAUGCUGCACCAAAGAGGGGCUAAACAAAGGGGCAUGGACAACUCAAGAAGAUGGAAUUCUCAGAGAAUAUAUCAAAGUCCAUGGUGAAGGAAGAUGGAGAGACGUUCCCAGAAAAGCAGGUCUCAAGAGAUGUGGGAAGAGUUGCAGACUUCGCUGGUUGAAUUACCUGAGACCUGAUAUUAAGAGGGGUAACAUUUCAGACGAUGAAGAAGAACUCAUCAUUAGACUCCACAAGCUCUUAGGAAACAGAUGGUCUCUGAUAGCCGGGAGACUUCCAGGGCGAACAGACAAUGAAAUAAAGAAUUAUUGGAACACAAGAAUUGGCAAAAAAUCACAAGAAAAGCAAUCAAGAAAUGAGAAGAUCAAACCACAACCGUCUGAUGACAAGUCCUUGCUAGAGUCAACGAUGGUCAAUGCCAAUGCAUCAAGAAGCACAAACAACUUAGCCACCACACGGCAACAAAACACUGAGAAUCAUGAGGCUAAGGUGGCAAUAACGGGACCAUGCAUGGACGGUAACUACAGUGACAUGCCAUCAUCAUCGGCAUCAGGGGACGACGACGAUUCUUUGGAUGUCAUGAUUGAUUUUAAUAUGGGAGAGAUUAGCUUCCCGGGGAUUCUGACGGAUUCAGACUUCACCAAGCUUAGUGAUUUCGAUAUAAGUCAUUUGGAAGAUCAUGAUGGUAGCAACAACAUUGAUCAUCAAAUUGACUGCAAAAUCGAGCCGUUGCUUUUUGAUCCUCCGUUGUUUCUAGCUGAGGAAACAGUGAAUGAUUGGAGCGGAAGUGAGUGUGUUCAAGCUAACCUGACUUCGGAUUUCGGACUUUUUGACUCUUCUCUCGAAGCAAACGAGGAAUGGCUUGGGGAUGAUUUAGAUAUCUUUUGUUCAAAACUCAAAACCCUAUCAUAAUGUGGUCAAUUAAUCGUCUUAAUUAGUAUAAUACUAUUGUCGAUCUAAAGACUAAAAUAAUUGCAAGUAGUUGGCAUGUCCCUAAUUAAACCCUAAAAUAUAUUCCUAUAGUUUAGGUAUUUCUGCAUAUGGUGGGGAAAGUGAUCACACGGGGUGCUUUUUCAGCUUGUCGUUGUUUAAUUAUUAUCCCUUGUUGCAGUAUAAAUUUGAUGUAUGUUUCAUAAUAAAACCCAUCAACUCUCUCCCUUCC